AUGUCUCACUACGAAGCAGUUCGCGAUAGCGAUGGCAUUUCGCCUCCUGGCACACCGAUAUCUGAACCAGACUACCCUGUCUCUGUCAUUGACACCGAGACUUUACACGAAGUACUGGGAACUGCCAAUCGUUCGGCGGGACCUAAGUCCUUUGUCAAUACUGACAUGGGCGUGGACUCUUCUGUGCCCCGGAUUGAUCCCAAGUCUCGCCCGCCAGGUCUACGAUGGUGGAGAAGACUGGGGUAUAUGGGUCUUAGUGUUCUAAUCGCCGGUACAGUGUGUAUCCUGAUAUCAUGUUCUGUUCUUAUUUUCCUCUGGUUCGGGGCCGCCAGGGCGCGGGUUCAUCAACAACGCCCCCAGCUAUGGAACAGUAUCAUCUUCAGAGAAUGGUCGCUUUCUAUGGUUACUAUAUGCUCAGCUACCCUUCGCGUUGCAUUGAGCUUCCAAACAGGUGUCAUUGCUGCCGCGAUGGCUGCGAUUAUACUUGAGACGUGUGACGUCAGAUUUUGCGACACUGCUCUGAUAUCGCUUCACAGAAGUUCAAGCUCCGGCCCUUCAGCAAUUCUUCCCAGUGUCAUAAAACAGUGUCGUUCCAACAGGCUGUCUAGUAUUGCCUGUUGCUUAGCUCUCUUUAUGACCUUUGCCAUUGCCUUGGUUUCGACUUUCACGUCUACAAUUCUUCUGUCUGAUUUCGCAAUCUAUAAGAUUUCUGGAUUAAACACAACCAGAAAUAUUCCGAUGGCAUUCGACAAUACAGCGCAAAGUCGCGACUUCAAAGGCAUUUCAUUCUGGCACUCACCUCCCUUGGCUCACUGGAGAUUUGCCAGAGCAGAAACAGGAGAACCCAUCUCCUCCAACGAUGUCAUUGAUACAGGUGACAUCUAUCGAGCGACGAUACCGUUUAAUGAGUCGGAUGAUAGAGCAUCCAUGGAGUUUUAUCGCGGGCCGGCCAUGGUAACAAACUCACGAACUGCUUGUGUCGGGCCAACCUUCAAAUCUCUCAAAAUCGACUACUAUUCAGUCAGCAACCUUUCGUCACCGGAGCUCAUACUCCGAGCGGAAUUUCAGGCCUACAUUGACAAAAUAUUCGACAUGAAAGGGGACAAGUACCUUCCUAUGACAGCUGAGUGUAAACUCAUCAACGAUUGGGACCUCGGGAAUUUGGAGUGGCCAUUGACCAUGUGUAGAGUCAUUCCCCAGACGUCCCCGUAUCAGAAGAUUUACGAUUUCUACCCGAGACUUCUUGUUACCUCGAAGGAUCCUUUGAACAAACCUCUAGAUAUGAGAGAUGAGGAUCAUGAUCCUCUAGAUGACGAGAAGACAUAUGAAGAAUACCUGGAGGACUAUCUUGCCCCAUUCGCUAAACUGGAAGCAAAGAAAAAUGGCUCCUGGACAAAGGUAGUUAAUGGAGACGGCGACGAGGUCUUCGAUGCCACGGUCUGUUUCACCCGACAAAUCCCGGAGCUUAUGUAUAACGUGACUAUUCUGGGACAGGCUGUAUUUUCGGAGUCCGACUAUGGAGAACGUGCAGAUGAAGUUCUACCGCGUCGCUCGCAUCAGGCAGACGAUAGCUACGGCUUGUAUCGCUCGACCGAUGUUGGGGAUCUGCAUUUAUAUGACUACAAGAAUCCGACGAAAUACAGUGCUCAGGAGCAUGAACAAGGGGUUCGGUACGAUCCAUAUGGCUUUGCAGAUGUCCUUGAUAGUAUCGAGCUAGGCGGUUGGAGUCUCAGAUUAUGGGGUGUUGGUGAUCAUACCCCACGGCUGUCCAGGACCUGGUUCAUCCAUCCCGACCAUACCACAUUCUUCCAAGAGGUCUUAAAAAGAACAAACAAUCCAGCAACAGCCCUUUUAGAGUUGACCUACCGAAUCUAUCAAAUGUACUUCUACUAUUGGCAGCCAAACUACGACAUCAUUGAGCAAGCCAAUACAGUCAAUACUCUAGCAAUACAGCUUCCCCGCCGGUGGACAGGGCUAGCGAUUGUCUUGCUGAUCAUCUUUCUUCAGUUCAUCACGCUCGCGCUGACCGUUAUUUCAUUCGCUCUAUAUACAGAAUCUUCGAUUUUGGGGGAGCCAUGGCAGGCUGUGUCGCAGGUUCUAUCGCUUGAAACGGAGGAAUUGAUACAAGAGUGCAGCAAAGGACCUAGCAUGUCAGACAGAUACGUCAAAGAGUGGGCGAAGGUGACAGGUCGCAACAUGGGAUUUUAUAGCCUGGUUCAGCAUCGCGAAGACCAGGAAGCUAAGAUCCAGAAACGUCAAACUCGUGGGAAGUAA